AUGGACUUGAGAAAAGCCUAUGACACUGUAGAGUGGGGUUUUAUUGAGGAAAUUCUGAGUGAUUUGGGGUUUCCAUCUCAUUUCACUCACCUGGUGAUGACUUGUCUCACCACCACUCAAUAUUCCAUUCUAAUUAAUGGAGUUCCGACCCCUCUGCUGCACCCUAAGAGAGGAUUGAGGCAGGGUGAUCCUCUCUCCCCUUUCCUCUUCACUUUGUCCAUGAAAUAUUUCUCCAGAGCUAUUAAUACAGUUGCUUCCCACCCCCCUUUUAGAUUCCACCCUAGGUGCAAGCUGCUCCACCUUAACCACUUGUGCUUUGCAGAUUACUUGCUGAUGUUUUGCAAAGGUGAUCCUAAGGUGGUUCAGCUGAUGUUUGAAGGGUUUGCUACCUUUUCUAGUUCCACUGGUCUACAGUAUCUAGGGGUUCCAAUUAGUCCUUGGAAACUAAAAGGGAGUGAAUGUGACAUUAUGAUAGAUAAAAUGGUGGCAAGGAUAAAAAAGAUUAAUGCUAUUUGUAGAAGUUUUAUGUGGUUUGGGAAUUUUGAUGAUAGCAGGCCUGGCUCUGUGGCACGGGACAAAGUUUGUAACCCCAAAGCUUGUGGUACGAUGGGCUUCAGAAAGAUAGUUCUAUGGAAUCAAGCUGCCACUGACUGGUCUCAGUUCAUUGCUUCCAAUUAUGCAAGUUGGGUUGUUAGUCUAGUCUGUAUGGUGAAGAAAAAAUGUUCUGGAAAGCUGCAGUCUUCUGAAUGGCUGAAUAAAAGCAGGUACUCUAUCAAGGAGAUGUACUCUGACCUCAGUGACUCUCAACCUAAAGUACAUUGGCACAAUCAGGUGUGGAACAGGAUUUCAGUGCCUAAACACGGAUUUAUCUUGUGGCUCUAUAUGCUGAAUAGACUGAACACAAAAGCUCGACUCUUUAGAGUGGGAGUCUGUAUGGAUAAUUUAUGUGCAAUCUGUGGUGCAAAUGAGGAAACUAUCCUGCACUUAUUCUACAAGUGUAAAUUCAGUACUAAUUGUAAGACUAGUAUCAUCUAA